AUGACUACAUCGCCACGAUGGACGCUCAAGAGUCCACAUGUUGCUAGGACAGUUCGCGAUUACUUGGAAGACGUCACUAUUAACGUGAUGGAGUGGCCAGCUCGUAGUCCUGAUCUCAAUCCUAUCGAGCAUGUAUGGGAUGAGCUGAAGAGGCGUGUUCGAGCAAGAAGUCCAGCUCCCACACAUCUCCAAGCGCUGUUAUCAGCCAUUGAAGAAGGGUGGAACGUUAUACCACAAGAAUUCAUAAUUAAGUUAAAACGGUCGAUGAAAAACCGACGAUAUCGCACGACGCGCCGCAGCGGCCCGCUGAGCGUCCCCGUACGUCCCACGAACUUCCGCCCGGUGCCAUCGCAGCCCCCGGGACCAGCAACGGUGGGACGUGCGCAGCAAGUGCGCGCCCCCCCACCGCAACCCCGCCCCUCCGCUGUGAACAAACAAGCGCGUCCGGACACGCAGCCCGCGCCCUCGGACGCAGUGCCGCCGCGUUCCGACGCGCCGCCCGCGCGCUCCGCCGCGAGUGCAUCCGAUGCUCGAGCUGGUGCGCAAGCUGCGUGCUCAGCCGCGCGCCCCGCGCGCUCGACCGCGUCCGCCGCGCGCCCCGCCGCGCACCCCGCACCCUCGGACGCAGUGCCGCCGCGUUCCGACGCGCCGCCCGCGCGCCCCUAUGCGCUGCCCGCUCGCGCUGUCGCGCGCCCUGCCGCGCCGCCUGAGCGCUCCGCUGCGCUGCCUGCGCGCGCUGCCGCGCUCGCUGCGCGUCUCGACGCGCUCCCUAUUGCGCAGCCUGCGCGCUCUGCCGCGCCUCCUGCAGGCUCAGACGGGCCUGCGGCGCACCUGGACACGCCCUCCCCGCACCCCGCAGGCUCCUCCGCACCUGCCGCCGCUACCCCGGCGCACCCGACGCUGUGCUACAAGCGGACGGUGACGCCGCAGCGGCUGUGGUUCGCCUCCCACUUCUCCCCCCCACCGCCGCGGACCUCUGCGCGGGACUCACCGGCGGCUAUGCCGGGAAGUCUCUCGCGCAGCGGGUCAGAGAUGUCGGUGGCAUCGGGGGAGUACUCUCCAAUAAGGGACCAGUCCCCGCCACACCUAGAGGACGCCUCUCCGCGGCGUGCCAUCUCCGCGAAGGAUGGCUGCGGGGCCUGCACACAGUAUCGCUUGGGGUACUCACCUUCCGCGGCGGCAUCGUCGUCGUCGUCCGGGCUGCGCUGGCGACACUGA